UGUAUUCUUUCCAUUGGAAAAUGACGAACACACGGGGUCUUAAAAAUCUAUCAAUCCAGCUGUUCCUUUACAAUUGAACGCCCGAAUGCACGCAGUGGUAAAUUCUCACCCGAUGAUAUUUUGCUUUCUUUCCAUUCCAGAGAGCGAAAACCAAACCACCGAAAUCCACCGCGACGCGCGGUCAAUCAUCACCAUCGUCCGCCGAAGCGUUUGAGUGUGAAUAGAACCCAAUCCGCCCGGCCGGAAAAAUGAUGGAUCGGAUACCGUCACUGUCGAUACCGGGCUUAUCGCUGUCGCAUCCACUGUCGAUACCGACGUCGCAGAAUCUCACGAAUCAAUCAUCGCACGCGGCGCUCAAUUCGCUUAAUCUUCACUCGCAGAAUUUGCAUGCGGCCUCGGCGGCGGCUGCGGCAUCUGUCAACGCAUUGCACAGUUCCCAAGGUGUCGGAAGUGGGGGAUCGGCCACGGCCCAGGCGGCGGUCGCUGCCGCGGCUAACCUGCACCAGAACGUCGGUGGGCUACUCAACGGAAGCACCAACGGCAAUGGUUCUCCCUACUAUUACAGCCUUCUGGGGCAAACGAUGAUGAAGAAACCCGCCGAAGAACAUAUCAAACGCCCCAUGAAUGCCUUUAUGGUGUGGUCCCGGCUGCAGCGGCGGAAGAUCGCCCAGGACAACCCGAAAAUGCACAACUCGGAGAUCUCCAAGCGACUGGGAGCCGAAUGGAAGCUGCUGACCGAGGACGAGAAGCGUCCGUUCAUCGAUGAGGCGAAAAGGCUACGGGCGAUGCACAUGAAGGAACAUCCCGACUACAAGUAUCGACCGCGGAGAAAACCGAAACCGAUACGGCGCGAUGGCUACCCGUACCCGAUGACAUACCCCUCCGUGCCGGUCGAUGCACUGCGGGCAGGUGAGUGGAUGUCCAAUUGCAUCACACCCAGCUACUUUGCACCGGGUGCUCCGUACCACUUAGGAAGUCAUUUGUCACAAACUAGUCCUCCCACAACACAGUCCUCAAUCAGCAGCCAGAUGGACGUCUCCAAGUUCGCCCUGGACAGAAGCGCCUACCUGAACACAGCCGCUGCCGGAGCCCUGUAUGAUUCGACUAAGUCCCAGACCAAUCCGUACAGCGCCUAUCUCGAUCCGACAACCGUACUAACCAAGGCGUACUUUGACUCCAAGAUGUACCAGGACCGAGCCACGGCAGCCGCCAACUAUGCGUUCGACAUUUCCAAAAUCUACGGCUCCACUCAGCAACAGCAGCAACAACAGCAGGCCCACUCGCAGUCGCAGCAGCAGUCUCAUCAACAGCAACAUCAACUGCACCAUCAGCACCAGCUAAACGGUGACGAUCGAGAACCGACACCGCAGUUGAACGAUGUGAAUGUGGACAUCAAACCGCAACUCGGGGAACAGGUGGAUAGCUCACCGUUGCACAGUAACAGCUACGGAGUGAACAGCGCGAAUCUUUUGGGUGGUGGAGGAAGUGCCGCUGGGUUGUAUCAGUAUUCUGGAGCUGGGCAGAGUGGUGGGGGAGGGGUUGGAGGGGCUGGCGCUGGAGGUGGAGGAACCGGGGAUUACCGAAGGCCCUUGACGGUCAUAUUUUGACCAAACUCGGAAGUGAUGGACGAAAGAGAUUAUUGAGAGGCGGUAGCAUUAUGAGAUUGGAAGGCGGUGAAUGGCGAAAGAUUUUUGCGGUAAUUAAAAUGGUAAUGUGAACCAUAACACAUUGAACCGAACAACAUUGAAGUAAAAACAUGCAAUGGCUUACAAUACACUCAAUUUGGAAUUAAACAAUAAAAUUGCUCGGACACUCUACAAAAUGUAUGGCAUGCUUUCCCGUUUGAUGAUUAUUUGAUGAAAAAUACGUGUGUAGAAAGCCAAGAGAUGAAUAGAGGAAAUAAUCGAUUUUUUCACGAGCUGUCAUACGAUAUAAACAUGCGAAAUGGUCAUUGCCAGAGAAAGAUCUCAGUUAAUAAUUGCGGAUACUAUGGAUACUAGUUGAUACAUUAUGUCAAGCAGAAGAAUAAGAACUCCAACGAUAUCAGAGGAGCAUUUACAGAAUGCACUUUCAGGGACGAAAAUUCUAUUAAAGAAAUACCUUUGGAUGAUACAAUGACAUACGAUUGCUGCAAACAAAUAUGCUUUUGCACUUUUUAUAUCAGGCUGUUUUUCAACGUGUUAUGGUGCAUGUUAUGUAUUCUAGGGCCGCUUCAAAGAAGCUACCGCAGAAAACGAUAUAGAUCAACGAGGUUAUAUAAGCGUACAUUGCCGUUUAGAAGUAUUAUAUGUUAUAAUUUUUCGAGCAACCCCGCCUCAGCGGGAUUUGCUAUCUCUCUUCAGAUCCUACUGCAUUGGAAACGAACCAACGGUUUUUCACAAGUUUUUUAACUCACCCCAGUAGGACAACCUAUAUAGCAAGCAUACACUGAAAUAAAUUUUGUUGUGGAAACUACCGAUUCCAUGGUAAAAUUACUAACCGUACCUAUGAUUCUCAACCGACAACAAUUUCCAGUUAAUUCCACUAAAACACUGUCAACUUAACUAACAGUGCAGUUAACAUUACCAAAAAUAAUCUUAAUUUAACAAAUGAGCAUUGUAUUUUUAACCAUAUUGUGUUGUAAAAUGCGUGUCCAGGAAAAAUUAACAAUGUUUUGUUGUUGAGACGACUACUCUUUUAGUUGAAUUUACUACAAUGCAUAGUAAUCUCAAGUAGGGCUUCCAAUUUUCCCGGGAUUCAGCUUCCCGGGAAACGGGAAAAAAUAUAACCAUUUCCCGGGAUUUCCCGGGAUCCCGGGAAAUAAGGAAACUUUAUUUUUGAGCGAAAAAGGUAUUUAUUUUAAAGAAAAUCGCUAAUAAGAUGCAAUAUUUUUUCACUUCUUAUUGUAGACAGUGAACAAUUCAGGAAAUUUCACGAUAAGAAGGUUCAUAUUCUACUGUCAAUGCGUUUAGGUACGAUUUCAACCAGCCAUAAAUAUUGAAAUUUCGAUUUGAAAUACAUGAAUGUGUUUUGCAGAAGUAGUUUAUUAUUCAUUGAAUAUUUUGGGUACAUCACCAGGCGUACAGUAACCCUAAUGAAUGAUGCUCAAUUUAAUCUUAAGAUUAAUUCCUAAAAUUCACAAUCACUUUGUUAUUCCUAUUGAACAGAUACAAUAACACAAGUUAAGAGUACACAACACCCGAUACAAAAAAUAACUUACUAGAACUGCUAAAAACAAAACGAAAAAAACUUCGACUUCGGUAAAAGUCCAAUAAUGGCUUCAUACGUUCUAUGAACUGAUCGUCUAAUUAGCAAGUGCUUCAUGAGGUUGUUGCACCAUGAUCUAAUAGCAAUGUUGAAAUUUAUUUGUUCCUAAAUUGUUGGGCAGUCACUAUGACCUUUUUUGAAAUUCAGCUAUAAAUAGGACUGACUGGAUAGCAUUCUACAUGUAAGGGUUGUUGGUGGAUCAGUUGACAUUAUAGGAUGAACUCCAUAUGUACUCUGAAGCAGUAUUAAAAAGAAGAAGAAUCGUUGUCAGCUGAAAUCAGUUUCAAUGCCAUCAUAUUAUUAAGAGGAUGUUAUCUGCCAACGUUUUUCGUUAAGCUCGAAUUGUAUAAUAACAUCAACAUAAAUAACAUAGACAAAGAGGCUAUGUGAUUUGACGAUUUAACAAGAAGCUGGGUAAUCCAAUCAUUCAAAAAUAGACAAUAGAAAAAAAAUCCCGGAAAAUUCGGGAAACCCGGGAUACAAAAAUUUGUUUCCCGGGAUUCGGGAAUCCCGGGAAAUUUCAUUUCCCGGGAAAUCCAUCCCGGGAUUGGAAGCCCUAAUCUCAAGCAUAUUUCAGUUACCUUAACAGAUUUUGUUGUCGGUUGAGAAUCAUAGGUACGGUUAGUAAUUUUACUAUGGAAUCGGUAGUUUCCACAACAAAAUUUAUUUCAGUGUAGUGUUUCAUCCCAAGCGCAACAUAGGAUCCACAAAAAAACGAACACCCCACCAUUACACAUUCCAUUCCAGCGAGGACAUGAACAUAUUUUAAACUAUGCUACCACUCACUUUUAGACCAGUUAUGCUUCAACGUAGGAUAAGAACUUGUAUACAACAAGGGCACAGUGAUGUAGGUAAGAGCGCUCUCGAGCGAGGAGCACAUGGAUUCACUCUGGCUGUACAGCUAAAAUACGAAAUAAAUUAUUGCACCAUCCCCAAUGGAGAAUAGAAUAUUCUUAGACUUAGACUAAGGCAUCUUUCAGUGAUUGAAACUCUAGCGAAUGUAUUUUAGUUUAAGUUGAAUAUCUUUCCACGGGAAGACAUGCGUCGGUUGAAACGGUUUUAACGAAACAUAUUGUACGUACUAAUAACAUAAAAGUAUUAGGACAUGAAGCAGAAUACUCGAGUUCUUGGAGUGAUUUCAAGAAGGAUACGAACAUAUAAUAUUUAAUUGUAACAUAAUAUUGGAAGAUUGUUAAAUUAUUUCAAAACAUAUUUUCAUCAUAUUUCUGCCAGAAAAAAAAACAUGGUGGGAAAACUUAUGCAAAUUAACUGUAUUAUCAUAAUAAAGGGUAAUGGAAACAAACAUUGAUUACAACUGAAAUAAAACUGUAAGAUUACUCUCAA